AUGGAUCAGCAUAUCGAUAGUUAUUUAGUGGUAUUACGACAUACAUUUCCAUCGGCUAAAUGGACUUGUGUCGAAACUUCUUUUGAUGGGUGGUUACCGCAUAUAAUAAAAGAACGAGAAGAUUAUAGGUUAGAUAAUUAUCGAUGGCCACGAUUAUUAUUAGAUCCGAUUGAAGGGAUAAAUGAUUCAGACUUACAUAGAGGUUAUAUCUCAUGGGCUAACGUUGAUCGGGUUUAUAUUCCGAUCAAUUAUGAAUCUCAACACUGGGCAUGCGGUGAAUUAGACUUAAAUGCUUGGACUUUGACGGUGUAUGAUUCAUCGAAAGCAUUUUUUGACUCUACAGAGAAGUUCUUAGAGGCUAUGAAACGGUAUUCUUAUCUUCCGUCUAUUAUUAAUGCGACCAACUAUUGGGAGUCACGGGGUCUUGAGCCAAAGUUAGACCCAUUGACCAUCACGAGAUGCAUAGAUGUGCCACAACAAGGCACUGCCUCCGGUGACUGCGGGAUAUUCUCAUUAUUUAUUUUAGAGUAUCUCGCCACUGGCAGGAGAUUAACUUUUAGGGCAUCGAAUGCUUCUGUAAUGCGUUGUAUGGUUGCUUCCAGAAUAUGGAGGCAUGGCGGGAAUACAAUUCUUUGA